ACACGGAUAUGACACAACUACAUAAACUGGUAUUUCUGGGCCGGUUGCGCUGGUCAAAUUUUGAUCAUUUAUUAUCACGCCCGUGGUAGGCUAUAUCCUACGCAAAUUCCGCAACACAUAGCCUCCAUCCUGCGGUGUUUACUUGACAGCAGACUACAUUCUACGUAAAAUGUACAACUGUAAAGGGGUAUGGCAAGUACAGGUUCCUCCAUUUUCACAUGACGUAUUGGGAGUGGAUCUUCGAACUCAACAAAAAUAUUCUGCAGCCUGCUUGCUGUCUAAAGUUAUUGCACGAUAAAAGACAGGAUUUACUCUAAGUAUGCGGGGAGGCUCAUAUGGGGACAGGGACCGGGACCGUGGACGAGACAGAGGGCCACGCUUUGGGUCCAGUAGUCGCAGGAGCCCACCACCUCCAAAGUUUGGCAAUCCUGGAGAGAGGCUCAGGAAGAAGAAAUGGAACCUGGAUGAGCUACCCAAGUUCGAAAAGAACUUCUACAACGAAAACCAGGAGGUCCAGCGAAUGACUCAGUAUGACUUGGAGGAAUUCAGGCGUAAGAAAGAGAUCACAGUCAGAGGAUCUGGCUGCCCAAAACCAGUCAUGCACUUCCAUCAGGCCCAGUUUCCUCAGUAUGUAAUGGAUGUGCUGUUGCACCAGAACUUCAAGGAGCCCACUCCCAUCCAGGCGCAGGGAUUCCCCUUGGCCCUGAGCGGGAGGGACAUGGUGGGCAUAGCCCAGACGGGAUCCGGGAAGACUCUGGCAUAUCUCCUUCCUGCUAUUGUCCACAUCAACCACCAGCCUUACUUGGAGAGAGGAGAUGGACCUAUUUGCCUGGUGCUGGCCCCCACUCGGGAGCUGGCGCAGCAGGUGCAGCAUGUGGCCUACGAGUACGGGAAGUCGUCCCGCAUCAAGAGCACCUGUGUGUACGGAGGGGCCCCCAAAGGGCCCCAGAUACGGGACCUGGAGAGAGGUGUGGAGAUUUGCAUUGCCACGCCUGGCCGUCUCAUUGACUUCCUGGAGGUCGGAAAGACCAACCUGCGCCGCUGCACUUACUUGGUUCUGGACGAGGCUGACCGUAUGCUGGACAUGGGCUUCGAGCCCCAGAUCCGCAAGAUUGUAGACCAAAUCCGACCCGACAGACAGACUCUGAUGUGGAGCGCCACUUGGCCCAAAGAGGUGCGUCAGCUGGCAGAGGACUUCCUGAAGGAGUACGUACAGAUCAACGUGGGCGCCCUGGAGCUCAGUGCCAACCACAACAUCCUGCAGAUAGUGGACGUGUGCAUGGAGACCGAGAAGGACAACAAGCUGAUGCAGCUCAUGGAGGAGAUCAUGGCUGAGAAGGAGAACAAAACCAUCAUCUUUGUGGAGACCAAGAAACGCUGCGAUGAACUGACACGUCGCAUGCGGAGGGAUGGAUGGCCUGCCAUGUGUAUCCAUGGUGAUAAGAGUCAGCCUGAGAGAGACUGGGUUCUAUCAGAGUUCCGCAGUGGAAAAGCUCCUAUCCUCAUCGCGACGGACGUGGCGUCUCGUGGGCUGGAUGUGGAGGACGUCAAGUUCGUCAUCAACUACGACUACCCCAACUCGUCGGAGGACUACGUGCACCGCAUCGGCCGCACGGCCCGCAGCACCAACAAGGGCACGGCCUACACCUUCUUCACCCCGGGCAACCUGCGGCAGGCGCGCGACCUGGUGCGUGUGCUGGAGGAGGCGCGGCAGGCCAUCAACCCCAAGCUGCUGCAGCUGGUGGACUCUGGGCGCGGGGGAGGAGGAGGAGGAGGUCGGAUGCGUUACCGUGGCAGCGGCUCCAACUCGAACAACCCCAACAUGAUGUACCAGGACGAGUGCGAGCGGCGAAUGCGCUCCGUGGGCGGCAGCUCAAAGGACGGCCGCGGCAACAGCGCCACCUUCGGCCGCUCGUCCUCCUCCUCCUCCUCGUACCGGGACCGCGGCCGGGACGGGCGCAGCGCCAGCGGUGGCGGCGGCGGCUACAACGAGCAGUACCAGAACUACGGCUCCGGUGGGGGCGGGCAGUACAGCUCCAGGGGCGGUGGCGGUGGCGGCGGAGGAGGAGGCGGCGGCGGGCAGGAGCCUGUGGGUCCACCUCAGGGUCCCUUCGGGCAGCCGCCUCCCCCGCUGGCUCAGGGCGUGGCCGGGCCCCAACCCCUCAUGGCGCAGCAGUUCCCCCCUCCGCCCCAGCCCAUGAUGGGCUUCAUAGGGCAGGGCCCGUACCCCUUCGCCCCGCCACCUCCUCCCCCGCCUCCGCCGCCCAGGAAGUAGCCUGAGAUAUCGCUCACCUGAUGACCGAUCAACCCGACCCUGUUCCCUCACUUGGCGAAAGCCCUCUGUCCUCCUCCGGUGCUUAGUCUAUUAGAAUCGAUGGGACAUGGUAGAAGUGUAAUCUUGUGUCUCUCUUUCUUUCUCCUCUCCUGAGGGGUCAGGAGGACUUGUCAGUUGGCUAACUGUGGCCAAUAGUGGAGGAGCUGAGGGCUGAGUGGCUUCAGUUUUACACUCUGUAGGCCUACCUAUGAUUGUGUUAUGUGCUGCACCAGUAAAGAAGCUUUGGUGUCUCUCUCUUUGUGUAAGUGGGCCACGCUCUUCUGAGCAGCCCCUCUUGGCAAAACAGUGGCCAGACAUUUUGUGUGAAUUAAUUGUGUGAAGUGGAUCCUUUCAUAGAGUGAAUUAAAUUGCUAUAACUCGUUCUUUUGUAAUUCAUUUCUCAAGAAAUGGCAAAGUCUAUGUCAAUAUAUAUUUUUUUUCUCUCAGUGUCAAACUACCCGUAUCCGUAGUGUCUGUAGUAUAAGGUUGAAUUUAAUUUGGCCACUACAUAUAUUGUGUACCUUUAAACAUUUUAUGAUGUUAAAUCCGGGGACUAUCUAAUCUGUCUUCUAUCUAAUCAAGGAUAGAAGAUGGUGCAGUUGGAAAACGUACACCAACCCAGUGCCUCUGAUCUGUUUGAAAUCCUCUCUGAAAUCUGAUUGUCCAAGUGGAGCUGCACCCAUCGUCUGCUCUUUUUUUAUACUAUUGUUCUUCUCUUUUACAGGUUUAAAUAAAGACUUUUAACAUCA